AUGGCUGCCUCCGUUCAAGAAGUAAAUGGUUUGCGCGUCGCUGUAGAGGGAUGCGGCCAUGGCACUCUCAAUGCAAUAUAUUCUUCAAUAGAGAAAGCUUGCGAAGCUCGAGGUUGGGAUGGCGUUGAUCUCCUCAUAAUUGGAGGGGACUUCCAGGCAGUAAGAAACGCAAAUGAUCUUACAGUAAUGUCAUGCCCAGUCAAAUAUCGAGAAAUCGGCGAUUUUCACGCAUAUUAUAGCGGACUCAAGAAAGCCCCAUACCUCACCAUUUUCGUUGGCGGCAAUCACGAAGCUAGCAGUCAUUUAUGGGAGCUUUAUUAUGGAGGAUGGGUUGCGCCGAACAUCUACUAUAUGGGCGCUGCAAAUGUGGUACGAUUAGGCGGAGUGCGAAUCGCUGGUAUGAGUGGAAUUUGGAAGGGUUACAAUUACAACAAAAGUCAUUAUGAACGAUUGCCAUACAACCAGGAUGAUGUCAAAUCGAUAUACCAUGUUCGCGAAUACGAUAUCAGAAAGUUACUACAAGUAGGAACCCAGGUUGAUAUUGGGAUCAGUCAUGAUUGGCCGAGAGCUGUUGAGAAGCAUGGAAAUACGAAGAUGUUGUGGAAUAUGAAACCAGAUUUCGAGAGAGAAUCUAAUGACGGAUCACUGGGGAAUUUGGCCGCGAGUUAUGUCAUGGAUCGUCUUAGGCCGCCUUAUUGGUUUGCCGCGCAUUUGCACUGUAAAUACUCUGCGGUGAAAACUUACGAGGACGCUCAAAAACCAAACGCUGCGGAGGAACCAAAGGAAGAAGUCAAAACUACCGAAGUCGCACCCCCAGUCGACAUCGACGAUGCAACAGAGAAACAGUCUAUAGUACCACAUAAUGAUGAUGAGAUUGACCUUGAUAUGGAUGAUGAUGAUAGCCCAUCAGUUACGGAUACACCAAGGCAUGUUGCUACCACAACGGUCAAUACUGAAAGCAAGCAAACAUCAACAGCCACAGAAGAAUCUAUCCCGUCAUCAGUCCCAUCUGAUAUCCAAGCCCAAUUACCAGCUGCUUUCUCAAAACCAGCACCUUCAGCUCAUCGAGAGCCUAGGGUACAGCCAGGACAGCCAACACCACCCAAAAUCACAAACAAAGCAGUUCGCUUUCUGGCUCUAGAUAAGUGUUUACCAGGUCGAAAAUUUCUACAGCUCCUAAAGGUACGGCCCUAUGAUAGCUCGGAUACGAUUUCGACAUCUACUCCGCGAGCUCAACCAAAGUUUGAAUAUGAUCCUGAAUGGUUAGCUAUUACACGAGCCUUCAACAGCGGUCUUAUUCUAGGGGAUAAAGCCAGCAAGUUUCCCGAGGAUAAGGGAGAGGAUCAUUAUAGAACUCUGAUUGAAAAAGAGCAAGCAUGGGUCGAUGAGCACAUUGUUCAGCAAAAUAAACUAGAGAUUCCCGAGAACUUCGUAAUCACAGCACCACCUUUCUUUGAGGGCAUGCCCGAAAUAGUGAACGAAGGCCCGGUGGAAUAUAAUAACCCUCAAAUGCAAGAAUUUUGCGAUCUCCUCGGGAUGGAAAAUAAAUUCUACGCUUCCGAUGAGGAAAAGCAGAUCAGAAUGCAAAAUGGACCACUACCAGUGGAAGAACGAAGAGAUGGAGGAUUUGGCGGUAGAGGAGGAGGAAGAGGCCGAGGAGGAAGAGGUGGUGGAGGAGGGUUCGGAGGAGGACGUGGACAUCGAGGGGGUGGUAGAGGGGGUGGUAGGGGCAGAGGAAGAGGUGGUUGGCAUUAA